AUGUCUGCAGAGGAUGCUAAUGUCUUUGCGAUCCCCGACUUCUGGGAACCACCCCAGUGGGAACUUCCGCAGGACGAUGCUGGCUUCUUCGCUCUUGACUUGAAAGAGUCUUCUCCGUUAUACAGCGUACCCGAAAGCCAGCCUAGCAGGCUCUUUACGCUUCCUGCGAUAGAUCCCGUCUCCGAGCCGGAAGUACUGACAACCACAGAAACCCCAGAGCCGCAGCCAAAGCUACCCCCAGCUAGUCGAGACGACGAGAUAGGCGACCUGUGGUUAGAGCUUGACAAGCCAGUGCAAAAAUCUCCGGAGCACAAGACUUGGGACAAUUUCGAAUCCUUCGAAUCGUCGACCUCAAAGGCGCUAUUUAUAACAGAAUCUGGUCCAGGGGCUUUUGACGCUCUGAUUGAGCUUAAGGACGAUCCUUUACAACUUGGUAGCGCCGAUUUCAGUACAGUGGAAGCAGGUUCAUAUUGCAAUGCUCUCCUGGCCCUGGCCCUCGGGCGAGAGUCGAUAUUCUUCUCCUGGGAGGGUGAGGUGAAGUCCUUCAAGCCGGCCCUGCCAAAGAUCCGAAUAUCAGGCUUUUCCGGCAAGGUGAUCCAGGAAGUUCAGCAAUCAUGCCUAAAAUGUGGAAACACAUACCGCCGGCUGCGCUUGUUUGUCGAGACGACAUACCAAAAACAACCCACUUCAUGCCGUGUCGCUUUGGCAAGUUCUGUGGAUAAGGCUCUGUUGGUGAUACAGAGCAGCAUUGCUCUGCACCAUCAAUCCACGCGUUCCAUUCUUCAAGUCCAGUCACUCAUCAGCCAUACAUACACCAUCCUGAGACAAUUUGACUCAUUGGUGUCAAAGAUACGGCGAGGUCACUUAGACGAGGAUGUGUUCGUUAUCGUUUUCCAGCAAGCUCAGUCUGCCGAAUACGCUGAAAUCCACCUGAGGAACAUGAUGCGCGAAGUAUUACGGCGGGUGUCUCGGCCUUGGAUCGAGCUUGUUGAGGAGUGGAUCGGCACACGACGUGAGGCUGGGGUGCCCUUAGGCAAGCACGAAGUGGGAAGAAGGAAAGGCUUCAUCAAGAUUGAGUCUGAAACCUACAUUGACGAUUUUGGGGACGAGGUCGAUGAAGUGGAUUUUCGUCUGGACACCGAGCGGAUACCUAGUUUCAUGCCCGAUGACAUUGUGAAGUCCUUGUUCGAAGUUGGCCGCAACCUCCGCUUCAUCAGGACCACUCACCCGAGCCAUCCUUUGGCACAAACAAGCGUCAUCUCGUCAAGCCGCCCCCCUACGGUAGAAUGGCUCUUUGACUGGGAUUCCAUAGUUCAGUUGGAAAACCAAGUCCACUCAUACGAGUGUGCCUUACGGAAAGCUAUCCGCACGUACGCCACUGAAGAACCUGCAAAAACUAGCGGUACCGGAUGGUCAACGAGUGGCACAGUGGGAUAUCAGCUACAGUUUUUUGGCGUCGGUGAAAGCCAGCUGCAAAGUCGGUUGGAGGCAUCUAUGAAGGACUUCGCACAGCCCAUUAAGGAUUCUACGUCAGAGGAUCCGUUGGGCAUUAUUAUUAGAGAGCGCCUAUCUGAUGUCAGAUCAGAGGUUGAGAAUGCCAGUACCGACUUCACGCCGCACUGGUCCUUGUUGCCGGUUCUGUCGUUCGGUUCCAUCAUCUCUGCCCAAUUAAAGGUUGUCGGCAGAGAAAGCCUGAAGUUACUCUUCAUAUCUCACGAGCUCCGCGAACACUUGAAGUUGCAAAAGGAAUUUCACCUCCUCGGAAACGGCUUUUUCUGCAGCCGUCUCACACACGCGCUAUUCGACCCAGACCUCGAGACAACAGAAAAACAGGCAGGCAUCGCUCGCCAGGGCGGCGUGAUGGGCCUGCGGCUAAGCGGAAGGGAUAACUGGCCCCCUGCCAGCUCAGAAUUGCGCUUAGCGCUGAUGGGAGUUUUGACUGAAAGUUAUGACGGUCCAAUUAAGGGUGGCUUGUCCAAGCCCCGGGAUCGCGAAACCGAGGAGCUUCCCGGAGACCUUAGCUUUGGUGUGCGCAGUCUUUCCAGCGAAGAGAUCGACAAGUGUAUGGAUCCAGAUGGACUGGAAGCGCUUGACUUCCUUCGACUGUCAUAUAAGCCUACAGCAGCAUUGGGGUCCAUCAUCACGCCCAUCAUCCUAGUGCAAUAUGAUCGAAUUUUCAAGCAACUCCUCCGUAUCCUAAGGAUGCAGUAUACGGUUAACCGGCUAUUCCGCGAUGUUACCGCCAGAGAAACUGGUUGGCAGGAUAUUUCAGACGUGUCAGUUCGAUUUUGUUUUGAGGCACGCCACUUUAUUUCCAGUCUGAGUAGCUACAUCUUCGACACUGGCAUUGAGAUGCCGUGGCAAGCGUUCGGAAGUCUCUUGGACAAGAUUGAAGCAGGCUUGAGAAGUAAUGAUGAAGGGAAAUUGUCAGGGUCGGCGCUCAGCCCAGACCGUCUCCGCGAGUACCAUUCUCAGGUCCUUGAUCGAAUUAUGCUGGCACUAUUGCUGCGGAAAAGACAACAGCCUGUUCUGAAGCUGCUGGAGGAUAUUUUUAGAGUCGUUCUCAAAUUUGCCAAGUAUGCCAGACUUCAUGCUGACGGGCAGAACUCUCAAAGGCAGGCUGAAUCAACGGCCAAGGGUAUGUACAAGACGUUUCGGCGAAACGUCGAGGUGUUCCUUACGGUUUGCAAGGGGCUGAGCGAAAAGGGAGAUUAUGGCACCAAAAAAGAUGCUGUUAACGACAAGGGGCUUUCGGAGAAGAUCGAUCCUUUGGAAGAAAAUCCUAUUACACAGCUCCUGUUGAAACUCGAUAUGCUGAAUUACUACUCAAAGGCAUAG